GAAAAAAACGACGACGUAAAGCGCGAGAAUAAAAAACUGGUACGCUUCUUUCUUUCUUCCCUAAAAACAGGAGCCCAUCUAUAAAAACGCAGCCUUGAAUUCAUUUCCUCUCUCCAAAUCUUCGGACAAUUUUGACUCAUACUUUGCCUUAUUCGCAAGAUUAAUCAUCCCUGUAAGUCCUAAUUGUUCGUGUAAUUUUUUUCCCCAAUUGCUCGAAUUAGAAAAAAAAUCAGUAGCUUCAGGAAUAUCUUAUUGAUUCAGAUGCGUGAAUUAUUUCUCAUAUUAUCAUAAUUUCCAAGUAAUUGUUUCUUGUUGGGGAAGAUGAAAUAUUGUUAUAGAAUCCUCUCAAAAUGUAGAAAUCUAGCGAAUAUUGCUUCUCAACCUCAAAUUCGCACACAUUUGGUAAGUGGGAAUUUAUCGAAUAUCGAGCAUAAUCGCAAAAUUCAUAGCUACCCGAUUCAAUUAUUUGGGUUUCGAGGCGAUAUUUAUCAAACCCAGAAAAAAUCAUGCUCAAAUCCACCAAUUUAUGGGCAAUCUAGGUUUUUUUCUAGGGUUGGAUUAGGUAGAAAUGGAUUUUUGGUUGGAUUUGACCCCCCUGAUGUGAGGAACUGUUCGACAUCGGUUGAUCAUAGGGUUAACGAAUCGAAUUUUGAGAGUGUUUAUCUGAAGGGCGGGGUACAUGUUAAGCCAUUUGUUGAGAAAACAGCUACAAUUGAUGAACAUUUGAUUGAGGAAAAAGGGGAAGUUAUUGACAAAAUUGAUGAGGGUGAGAAGAAAGGGGAUUUCAGGGUUGAAAGUCGAAAGAGAGAGGAGUCUGAGAUUGAGAAAGAGGCUUGGAGAUUGUUGCGGAAUGCUGUUGUCACUUACUGCAACAGCCCUGUUGGGACGGUGGCUGCAAAUGAUCCAAACGAUAAGACACCGCUUAAUUAUGAUCAGGUGUUUCUUCGAGAUUUUAUCCCCUCGGCGCUCGCUUUCUUGAUGAAGGGAGAAGGGGAGAUUGUCAAGAACUUCCUCCUCCAUACUUUGCAUCUGCAGAGUUGGGAGAAAACAGUUGACUGUUACAGUCCAGGACAAGGGUUAAUGCCUGCAAGUUUCAAAGUUAGAAAUGUGCCUCUUGAUGACAAUAGCGGGAACUUUGAAGAGGUUUUAGAUCCUGAUUUUGGUGAAUCUGCUAUUGGCCGUGUUGCACCAGUUGAUUCUGGAUUAUGGUGGAUUAUCUUGCUGAGGGCCUAUGGAAAGCUCACUGGUGAUUUCUCACUGCAAGAGAGGGCGGAUGUCCAGACUGGAAUUAGAUUGGUGCUAAAUUUGUGUUUAAGUGAUGGGUUUGAUAUGUUUCCUACCCUUCUGGUCACUGAUGGAUCUUGCAUGGUAGAUCGACGAAUGGGUAUCCAUGGGCAUCCCCUUGAGAUUCAAGCAUUAUUUUAUUCAGCUCUGCGUUGUUCCCGUGAGAUGCUAGCAGAAAAUGAAGGAUCUAAGAAUCUCAUCAGGGCUGUCAAUAAUAGACUGAGUGCUCUCUCUUUUCAUAUUCGAGAGUAUUAUUGGGUAGACAUGAAAAAGAUCAACGAAAUUUACCGAUAUAAAACAGAAGAAUAUUCAAUGGAUGCUACUAACAAAUUUAACAUCUACCCUGAACAAAUCCCUCAUUGGCUGAUGGAUUGGAUUCCAAGUGAAGGUGGAUAUAUGCUUGGUAAUCUUCAGCCAGCUCACAUGGAUUUUCGAUUCUUCACACUUGGAAAUCUUUGGAGUAUUGUUUCUUCCAUGGGUACUCCAAAGCAAAAUCAGGCAAUUUUGAAUUUGAUUGAAGCCAAGUGGGAUGAUUUUGUUGGGCAUAUGCCUCUGAAGAUAUGUUAUCCUGCUGUAGAGAAUGAGGAAUGGCGUAUAAUCACAGGCAGUGACCCGAAGAACACCCCUUGGUCGUAUCACAAUGGUGGAUCUUGGCCUACGUUACUCUGGCAGUUUACAUUGGCGUGUAUGAAAAUGGGUCGAACAGAUCUAGCAGAAAAAGCAGUUGAGAUGGCAGAAAAACAACUUCCUGCAGAUCGAUGGCCUGAAUAUUAUGAUACCCGUCAUGGCAAGUUUGUCGGAAAACAAGCACGGCUUUACCAAACGUGGACAAUUGCUGGGUUCCUCACUUCCAAAAUGCUACUGCAGAAUCCAGAUAUGGCAUCUCUGCUGUACUGGGAUGAAGAUUACGAGCUCCUCGAGAUUUGUGCUUGUGGGCUAACCAAAAAUGGCCGCAGAAAGUGCUCUCGUUGGGCUGCAAAGUCUCAUAUUAUCUAGAAUUUUUGGAGGUGAAAAAAGAGAUUGUAUAGUUACAUAUUCUUAGCUAGAGAAAUGGGGGUGGUUUUUUCAGUCCCUCUCUGAAAAUUGAUAAUCAGCUGCUUAAUUUGGGAAGUUUACAUCGACUUCUAUAUUGGAAGCUCUGAUCAUAUUUUUGUAUAUACUGUGACAGAAGUUUACUGAAUACAUUUAGGGUAAUCUACAGAGAAAAAUAGGACAGAAAUUGAUACAGACAACUGAGUUAGUUGGUUACUGUUCUUUAGUUCUACAAGUAGCUUAUUUCUUUUUCUAAAUGUUUCGUUCAAACAUCCAUUUCUUUGUAAAAGUUGAUAUUCUCUGUAAGUUAUGAGUUCAGAAAUCUGUUGUAUUAUGUUUGUCGUGUUGAAUAA